AUGGGCUUCGACAAAGCCGAUGUCGAGCCAUAUGGUGGGUGGCAGGGAUUCCUGGACGCCCACGUGGGCAACUGGGGCGACGAUCGCAUGGUGAGCGACGUGGUGCUGAUGGACAAGGACGCGGACGGCAAUCCGACAGUCGUAGGAGUGGAGACAGAGUUUGAGAAUGGCUCCUCCACAAACUCCUUCAUCGCACGGCCGCUGGAUCCCGUGUCGUACCUGCCCAGCGUCAGCAAGAGCGAAGGCAUCAAUUUUGGCCCAGCGCGCAUGGCCUGGCUUGACAUCACCUGGAAGACGGUGCACUGGAACGACCUGAAGCCCUUCGAGUUCAGCUUCACGCCCAUCAUCAUGUGGGACAUUACGAAGCCGAACUGCCUGAAGACUCACGGCAUCGUCCCCCUCUACGAGAACACGCGCGUGCCUUCGGACGAGGAGUAUGAGCAGUUCCUUGCGGGCAACCCUCCAUGGCGGCUUGGCGGCAGUUGGGCUCAAAUCUUCCUUCAGGGCUAG